AUGUCAUCAACAAACAAUAUUGACGACGAUUUAGUUCCAGAACAAGUAGAAGGAUAUCACGUUGGUGAAAAAAAGACAAUUGAUGAAUAUAAUAAAUUAGAUGCAGAAGAUGAAAGUUUAGCAAAAUGGAAAGCAUCAUUAGGAUUAUCAAGCACUGGUACUCAAUUACCUGUUAAAGCGGGAGAUAAUAGAAAAGUAGUUGUAACAGAAUUAUCAUUAGAAUUUCCAGAACAACCAAAUUUAAAACCAAUAACUAUAAAUUUAGAAGAUUCUCAAGGAAACACAAUAGCAAAUAAAGAAAUUAAAUUUGAAAUUAAAGAAAAAUCAAUAUAUCAAUUAGUUAUAAAAUUUAAAAUUCAACAUGAAAUUAUAACAGGAUUAAAAUAUUUACAUUCUGUAAAAAGAGGUGGUAUAAGAGUUGAUAAAGUUGAAGAACCUUUAGGAAGUUAUGCUCCAAAUACUAAUGAAAAUCCAAUAUAUGUUAAAAAAUUUACUGAAGUUGAAGCUCCUUCUGGUAUAAUUGCAAGAGGUAAUUAUUCUGCUAUAUCUAAAUUUAUUGAUGAUGAUCAAAAUGUUCAUUUAUCUUUACCUUGGAGUUUUGCAAUUGUUAAAUAA